UUGCUUUGCCGUUUACACGUUUCGUAACAAACACAAAUAUGGGAACGCGCAAAAAGGGCUUGGAAUUUGCGAAGCACAUAUCUGAGAUUAUAGCUAAGGCUACGGGCUUUGAGCGGCACCUGGAAAAGGUAAAAAUUCUGGAUGGCGGCGAUGGACUUUGCACAGCAGAAUUCACCGUGGCGCCGGAGCACCUAAACAAAGCCGGCGGCUUACACGGCGGCUAUACGGCAACAUUGGUGGACAUGAUUACGACCUAUGCCCUGAUGUCCAAGCCCUGUCAUCCAGGUGUGUCGGUUGACAUCAACGUCAGUUACCUGAAGUCGGCCCGUGUGGGCGAUGAGGUGCUCAUUGAGGCAAAUCUGGUGCGGGCCGGAAAAUCGCUCGCCUUCAUCGACUGCCAGCUGCGGCAUAAAAAGGACAACUCUGUGAUAGCCAAGGGCACGCACACCAAAUACGUUAACUUCGAGCAGUAGAUAGUGUGCUAAGUUUUGAUACUGUGCUUUAUUGUUACAUGUGUAGCAGUAAAUAUUUAGUUAAUUGUUAAUUAAUUAAUUGCUUGCUCUGUGCGCGUCAUGGUUAGAGUUGUAGGCGGUUACCGUCGAUUGGGAGAAUGUCUAUGUGACGACGUGUCGCGUCAAGAUUCCUUCUGCAACUGCAUUUGUGUGCGUUAAAAAUCGUAUAUUUAAAG